AUGGCUGAAGAUUCAGAAGCUGCCGAGGCAGCUCGAGCUCAAGCAGAAGCUCGAAGAAAGAGAAUAUUGGAGAAAGCCCAAAAGCGAAUGGGCAAAGUUAGCGGCGAAGUUGGUCAGGACGACGAAGACAAGAAGCAGUCUGCCUCCAAUGCCGCCAGGAUUCGGGCAGCCCGUCAACGGCGCUAUGGAAGAAAACCAAAUCCAACAGAGGAUGAGAAGUCGGUACCGACUGAAAAUUAUGAGAGCGAUGAGAUAAAGUCAGCCGAAGCACCUGGAAGUAACGAGGAAUCCACUGAUGCUGUUGAAGAGGAUAACUUGGAGAAACCAACCACGGAGACAACUUCGCCAACUUUGGAAGCGACUACAAGUGGCGCCGUUGCUGAAGCAUCUGGGUACUCCGAACCUAAGAAAAAAUACCUUGGGGUGGCAAGGAUGCGCCGCAAAAUGAUUCUCAAGAAAAAGACCGAAAAUGAAGAGGUGAAGGGCAAAAAAGAAGCGCCUCAGGAAUCAGUUGGGGUUGAUUCUCAGGAAAAGGCAUUACCCAAAACGGCAAGAAAUUCUAUUUACAUGCACAUUGUGACAAUUUUGUUGCUUUUUGUUGCUGGCUUUGACGUCGGCUUGAACCAGUUUCACCAAGAUGUUAGGGUGCAUCACCAACUCGUCUUUAAGGAGGUUGGCAUUCCACUUCUGCACAACUCUCUAUCACAACAAGAAGAAAAUUCACUUGAAAUGGAUGUUGAUAUCCAAAGCCAUGGAGAUUUGGCAAAUGAGUUUGAUGGGAGUGACGAGGAUGAAUCACUGAAUGCAAACAUUGAUCCUCUUUUCAAGGUUGACCUUGAUGAACUCACGAAAGGUCCUGGUUUCCUGAACGUGCUUGCUCGAGCAGCAGUCUCGACUCACCGUUUGCUCCUUCGAAUCUUUUACUUUACUCCAAAGAACAUAAUUCUCUCGCUACUCUCGCUUCCACAAGCUCUGGUGAAAAAUCCGCCGACACUCUGCCUCUUGGCACUUAUUCUUCGUCAAGUUGUUGGCAAGAGAAUACUCUCUGCAGGUAUUCCCGGUUCAGAUUCGGAAGAGAAAGAAUCCGGGCUUGACGUUGUAGCGAUGAUAAAACAGGGAGUCGCAAAGUGGCUCUCGAGUGCUUUUCCCAACGCUUUGGGCAUAUAUGAUGCCUUUUCGCACCUCCGAUCAGAUAUGUACAUCAUUAUCUGUGGCGUCUUUUUCGGGCUUGCGUGGUCUCAUACGGCCAUUGAACUCCAAAUUCCGGCCUCUGAUUCUGCGACUGCGACUGAUGAGCUCUAG